ACAUUAAUCAACAAUAUUUUAAGGCAUAAAUCAAUAGAUUUGGUAACCUAUUCCCGAUGCCACCAAAACCCCAGUUCAACCAAAAAAAUCCUCACUUUCCCUUUCAAGCACACGUGAGCUUGAUGUUCAUGCUCUGUCGUUGACAUUUACCUUCCCGUUACUGUUUUACUUUAUAUAUUUCUACCAACCAUUCUAACCUCUCCCAAACGCUGCGUUUUACCUUUAAAGAUGCUUCUGGAAGCCCGCGUCACGGCACGGCGCCGUUUGGCGCCACUAUCGUUCUACAAUGUCGUAAAUGGGAAACCCUGAAACGCACGACCGCUACUACUAUCAGUAUCAGUGCAACUUUUCCGAUAGGCGCGAUCUCAUGUUGGCGGCUCUACGAUCCCGGUCACUCUCUCUCUACUCUUCACCUUCUUCAUCUAUCCUUCAACAAUGGAAGCUAGGGUUUCCUGUUCUGGAGCGCGCCUUCUCCUCAUCCGCCAACAGAGGCCUUCUUGAUCUCCAAGAGGUCGAGAAGGUUCUCAGCGACGUCAAGGCGGACGACGUCAAGGUCAUUCCAGCAAACGACCUCUGUGAAUGGGCCGAUUUCAUGGUUCUCGCCACCGGAAAGUCCGCAUGGCACGUCAAGAACAUUGCUCAAGCCCUAAUUUACAAGUCUAAGCAAAAGCAGAAAGGAGCUCAGCGGCUAGUGCUUCCCAGUGUGGAAGGGCAAGAGGGAGGAAAGUGGAUUGUCAUUGACUCUGGCAAAGUUAUAGUUCAUGCUCUUGAUGAGAAGGCUAGAGCGUACUACAAUUUGGAGGAUCUUUGGUCCAAGAAGAAGCUUGAAGAAGAUACAAUUCAGGAUUUGGAGAAGGCUUUUGUGAAGAUUCGUCCCAAGAACAACUCCAAGAGGAAACCGAAACCAGCACUGAAAAGGGCAUAAGUUUUCAGAUAUAUGAGAUGCUUCCAUCCAACCUUUGCCAUUUUAGCAUCAUGAAGCUCAUCGUGAAGCUCCAUGAUCGUUCUAAUUGUACAUUGUGGAUUUGUUAUCGAGUUCAAUUUUUUUUCUUUCUAUUUUGCCAAUUAGACUUGAAGACAUAAUCUGUGACUUUAAUGUCAAGAAGAAAGGGAGUGAGAAGAAUGAAGAAUGUUAAUCAGUAAUGGUGGUAUUUUAGGGACAAUGGGGGUGGUAACAUAAAGAUUAUUAUUAUUAAUUUUAA